AUGCACUUCACUUCGACAAUCCUCGCUGUCGCUCUCUCCUCCACCGCUCUGGCGAGUCCUCUCACCCAUCACGGCGGCCGUGGUAAUAAGAGCCACACCCCGGACCCCAACAUCUUCCCAGACUUUAAUCGCUACUCUGAUUGGGCAAUCUGCAAGAACAAAAUCACCAAGCAACGCUUCCCGAAUCUGCAGGCUCCAAAUAAUGAUGGCGGCUGCGUCCGCUACUAUCGGGGUAUCGACAUAACGGGCGUCGUCACAGAGCGGCAUUUCUUCUUCAGAGAUGGCUUCAGGACUGCCUGCGACUGUGCCGCUCAAUGUCUUGAAAACCCAACUAGCUGCACGAACUGGGUGUGGAAGCAUACUUUCAUGCCUGGGGAUGACAACAUGAGGUCGUGCACUCUAUACAGCAGCCCCAAUCUGCCGACCGACGUAACGCUUGCCUAUAAUACCAAUUCGAGCAAAGGUUUUGCGCUGUUGCAGCCUGGGAAUAACCCACAAGCUGGAGCCCCGGCCCCAUUAACUUUCCUGGACGCAGCGGGGACUGUCCCGGAUGAGUUUGGAGUGUCUGGCUUUAUGGUCCAGGAUCAGAAUGGAAGACAGUUUUGUUAA